AUGGCAAACCAACUUCAAAAAUCAGUAACCACUUCUCCUGAACCGGGUCUAACCAAAGAAGAGAACCAACAAGUUUCUGAAGAAAUGGUAGGUUUGCAACUGCAAGCCGAGAGGAUCGUGUACUCUUUGACAUUCCCAAUGGUUCUCAAAGCUGCCUUGGAGCUUGGAGUCAUCGACACGAUCGCUUCCCUUGACGACGGCAUGUGGCUCUCAGCUUCUGAGAUAGUGUCUCGUCUCCCAACUAAACCCACCAACCCGGAUGCUCCGGCACUGCUGGACCGGAUGAUGCACUUACUUGCCAGCCACUCGAUCUUGAAAGGCCGUGUGGUUGAAACCGGAGAGAACGAUCUAACCAGAAAGACCGAAAGGGUAUAUGCAGCCGAACCGGUUUGCAAGUUUUUCUUGAAAGAUAGUGACGGCUCCGGUUCUCUCUUGUCUCUCUUCAUGUUGUGCCAAAACCAUGUCGUGUUCAAAGCUUUGUCACAUCUCAAGGAUGUGGUAUUAGAAGGAAGAGAUGCAUUUGCUUCUGCCAAUGGCAUGAGAGUCUUUGAUUACAUCGGUUCGGAUGAAGAAUUCGCUGAGAUGUUUAACCGGGGAAUGACGGAAUCUUCAACCAUGGUCAUGAAUAAGGUUCUUGAAGUUUACAAAGGUUUCGAAAAUGUUAAGACUUUGGUGGAUGUAGGAGGAGGAGUUGGAACCGUACUAGGUCUAGUCACUUCCAAGUAUCCUCAUAUUCAAGGCAUCAAUUUCGAUUUGCCCCACGUUUUAGCUCAUGCUCCUCCUUAUCCCGGAGUGCAACAUGUAGCCGGAGACAUGUUAGUAGAAAUUCCAAAGGGAGAUGCUAUUUUCAUGAAAUGGAUGUUGCAUGCUUGGGACGACGAAAACUGUGUUAAGAUUCUCAAAAACUGUUGGAGAAGUCUUGAAGAAAAAGGAAAAGUGAUAGUCGUGGACGUGGUUAUGCCAAUAGAACCAAAGAUUGACGAUUUUUCUACAAACAUUGGGCUCACUAUGGAUAUGUUCAUUUUGUCACAACGUUCGGGUGGUAGAGAAAGGACUCUUUCCGAAUUCGAGGCUUUAGGUCUAGCUUCAGGCUUUCGUUGCGAGUUUGUUUGUCGUUCUUAUUCUUUCUCUCUUAUUGAAUUCCACAAAUAG